AUGGCAUAUAAAAAGCAGAACACCGCGUCCGCCAUUGGCGCCAAGAUUUCUCAACUGUUGCGGCUCGACAGGGGCGAGAACUGGAUCUAUUGCGGAUUCUUCGUGGCGCUCAUUGUGUUGUACAAGCUCUUCUCCGAUGGCGACUUCUCGUUUUUGCUGACGUUGUCGUCCAUGAUCAGCUGCCUCAGCUUCAUCGUGGUGACCUACUGCAUCACUUCGGCCAAGUCGUGCAAAGGCAUAUCGCUGGAGACCAUGAAAUGCUACUUCGUGUUGCUGUGCUCGAGGCUCAUGUCGAUUGUGCCCUUCCAAGGGUACCUGCCGUCGGACUCCAGUGGCGACUUCCUCUACCAGUUUUCGGAGUUCGUGGCCUGCUGCUUCGCCGGUUACAUCGUGUACCUCUGCGCGUACAAGUACCAUGACACCUACGAGAAGGAAACGGACACCAUGCCAUCUUACUACGUGAUGCUUCCUAGCUUCCUGUUGGCCUUGUUCAUGCACCCCAACCUUAACCGCAACAAGUUUGGAGACACGUGCUGGGCGUUCGCCCUCUACGUGGAAACCUUCUGCGUUCUUCCACAAUUGGUCAUGUUCCGCGCGUCGGAUAGGGCUAAGAAGUCGACUGUACACUUCACUGCGGCACAGUCGGCCGCCAAGUUUUUGGGAUUCAUCUUUUGGCUUUCAACCUUCAGGGAGCUGAAUGCACGUGGCAACAUGCUCACUCACUACGUUGGACACUGGGUCAUCUUCACGCAGUGCAUCCAGAUGCUGAUUAUCGCUGACUUCGUGCUCCACUAUAUGCAGUGUAUCACUCGCGGAAUCUCGGUGGAGCUCGUGAUGACGGAGGAUGUGUAA